UGUGGUUACAUCACGUGUUACUGUAGUAGUAGUUGAGGCCUGGUGGGCGGCCUAGCGCCAUUUUGUGAGUGUUUCCUGUUUCCUUUUAGCGCUUUUAGGUGCACGGACGCCGAGGCUGAGUCUUCCGGAGCGGUUUUUAUCCAGCUUCUUGUGAAAUGGCAGUCCAGGAGAUCAGACCCAACAACACAAUCUACAUCAACAACCUCAAUGAGAAGAUAAAGAAGGAUGAGCUGAAGAAGUCUCUGUAUGCGAUUUUCUCCCAGUUCGGGCAGAUCCUUGACAUCUUGGUGUCUCGCAACCUGAAGAUGAGAGGACAGGCGUUUGUCAUCUUUAAGGAAGUUAGCAGUGCCACCAAUGCCCUGAGGUCAAUGCAAGGAUUUCCCUUCUAUGAUAAGCCAAUGAGAAUACAAUAUUCGAAGACAGACUCGGACAUCAUUGCUAAAAUCAAAGGUACCUUUGUAGAGAGAGACCGAAAAAGACAGGAGAAGAGGAAAGUUAAGAUACAAGAAGCUGCAGCUGUCAAGAAGGCUGUUCCAGGUGCUCCUGUGGUGCAAGGCUUACCAGGGCAGAUUCCGGGAAUGCAGAACAUCCCUGGAAUGAACCAGGCUCCUCGUAUGAUGCAUAUGGCUGGACAGAAUCCAUACAUGCACCAUCCUGGCAUGAUGCCACCUCCAGGAAUUGCUCCUGGACAGAUGGCUCCUGGCGGCAUGCCUCAUGGACAGAUGAUGCCAGGGCAGAUGGCACCUAUGCAACCGAUAUCUGAAAAUCCACCAAACCAUAUUCUGUUCCUGACCAACCUCCCAGAAGAAACCAAUGAGCUGAUGCUAUCCAUGCUGUUCAACCAGUUCCCAGGCUUCAAAGAAGUACGUCUAGUCCCUGGACGUCACGAUAUAGCAUUUGUGGAGUUUGAUAAUGAAGUCCAGGCAGCUGCUGCCCGAGAGUCUCUACAAGGAUUCAAGAUCACCCAGAGCAACUCCAUGAAGAUUUCAUUUGCUAAGAAAUAGUUCAUUGGGAGAAUCUCCAGCUUCAGUCUGUUUUGGAAACACCGCUGACCUGGGUCUUGGCAGAUUCUAAUUAGACUCUUUUUUUAUUUAAUUUCUGAUUUUUCAAUGCAGAGCGCUCAUCCAGCAUAUGUUGGUGAGUAUAGGAUUCAUUUUUUUAUGCAUCUCUUGAAAGCAUUGCACCCAGAGUCUGACUUCCAGACAUUGUACCUGGAGCUUGUGAAUAAAAUAGAUUUGUUUUUCUAUGA